AAUUUUCUAAAACGACAAUAACCAAACAAUUUCACAGUAGUAACCUUGAACUUUCCAUGACGCGUGAAUCAAGUCCACGGUAGCCACUAAUUCAAGUCAAGCAACAGUCAACAACGAAAAACCCAGAACCAGAACAGAACCCUUUAAUUUGAUUGCAAACAAGCAAAGCACAAAAACAACAUUGAAUUUCAAUCUGUUGUUCAUUUUCUUUUCCAUCAAAAUUUCCUCUUCAACUCCCACAGCCUUUAUAAAUGGGUAAAACCAUCUCAGUGGACGAGUCUUCAGUUUACGGUCGGAAUGAUGAUAAGGAAGCCAUAAUAGAGAAUCUACUAUCAGCAGAUGAAAAUGGCUUAGAAGUAAUCUCCAUUAUAGGUAUGGGUGGAAUUGGUAAAACCCUUUUCACUAAACUUGUUUAUAGUGACAUUAGAGUUCAGAACUGGUUCGAUAUCACAGUAUGGGUAUGUGCAGCAGCCAAAUUUGAUAUUUUCAAGAUAGCAAAAGAUAUUCUUGAAGAAGUCAGUGCAAAGUCCUGCGAUUUCAAGAGCCCAAUACCAAAUCGAGAAAUUCUACCUGCAUUAAAAGGAAGAUUGAUGGGUAAAAAAUUUCUUCUGGUUCUAGACGAUGUUUGGAAUGAUAAUGAGUUUGAAUGGAGUUUCUUGUUAGACCAUUUAGAAUCUGCUGGUGCAGGAGGAAGUAAAAUUAUUAUCACAACUCGCAAUCAAAGUGUAGUGUUAGCAUUAGGUUCUAGUCAAUCUCAUUUUCUUGGUCAACUAAAUGAUGAUGACUGUUGGUCUUUGUUUGCUAAGCAUGCUUUUUAUGAUGAUUGUUCUUGCAAUGAAAAUUAUUUAGGUUUGGAGAUUAUUGGCAGAGAAAUUGUGAAGAAGUGUCAAGGUUUACCUUUAAUUGCCAAAAUGCUUGGAGAUCUUUUGUGCUCUGAAAGAAAUGUUGAAGUAUGGCAAAGGAUAUCAAAUAAUAUGGAAGUUCGUUCCCACUACAACAUUUGUAUGAUUCUAAAGUUAAGCCAUGUUGAUCUCUUGUUUCAUUUAAGGCAAUGUCUUGCUUUUGGUAUUAAAUGUCCAAAGGAUUAUACUUUAGUGAAAGAGAAAUUAGUACUUUCAUGGAUCCAAGAAAAUUUAGUACGAUUUAACAAAACUGUAGAAAAAGAAGAGGUAGAUAACAAUUUUUUUUUUACUAAUCUUGAAUCGAGAGAUAAUAUUAUUCAUGACAUAGCAAUAUCAUCGGUCUCUGAAAAUUUUCUCCAGUGCUCGAUUUCUCAAAUAUAUAUUGAGGCUAUUUUGGAAUGGGCAAUCACAGGCAUAUACCUUGUCCUAGAGAUUUUAUUGGUGACUCUGGAACAAAUUGGCUCUCCAAAAAGGCCUCGCUGUGCCUUCUAUGCUUUGGUGGUAUCUUUCGUAGCCCUGUUUAUUUGCAUUGUAGAGAUUGUUUGUAAGGGACAAAAACAGAACAUUGAUCUGAGAAGGCAAGGUAUUGGCUAUUGGCUUCGUUUUCCAUCUUCAAAUCACAACCCAUACACUUAUAUUGAUAUUUUCAGCUUGGUUAGUGCCAUUUCUCAAGUUAUUUUCUCGUGUAUAGCUUAUAGUUAUCUACGUAGAGGUGCUCAGAAUCCAAUCAAAAUGUGUUUUGUGCCUGUCAUUUUUACCUUUUGUAUGGCCUCUUCCAGGUUAGUAAGGAAACCAAAUGAAACAAAACUCCCAAUUACUAGCGAUUAACUAUAUUAAACUAUAUGUAUAACUAACCUCCUAUCUUCUUCUGCUCUUCCUCCCUUCUAUUCCUUAAUUUACAAAUGUUAAGAUGUUUAUGGUGAAUUUUUUUUUUUUU